AUGACUUCUACCAUGGGCGGUGCGAGCAGCCGACUGAACUACGCCAACAAAGUGAUGUUGGCUCCCAUGGUGAGGAUAGGCACGUUACCUGCCCGGCUGCUGGCUCUGGAGUACGGCGCUGAUGUGGUUUACUGCGAGGAACUGAUUGACCACAGUAUGCUCCAGUGCCAAAGAGUUGAGAAUCAACUCUUGGACACCAUAGACUUCAUCAAGGAGCAGGCCCACCACCCUGUGUUCAGGACGUGUGCCAAGGAGAAGGACAGGGUUGUCUUUCAAAUGGGGACAGCAGAUCCAGAGAGAGCUCUGAAAGUGGCAAAACUCGUGGAAAAUGAUGUAGCUGGUAUUGAUGUGAACAUGGGGUGUCCAAAAGAGUACUCCACAAAGGGAGGCAUGGGAGCUGCUCUUUUGUCCAACCCAGAGAAAAUUAGACAGAUUCUGACAACUCUGGUGAAUGGUGUGUCCAUACCUGUUACCUGCAAGAUCCGCAUCCUCCCUAAGCUGGAGGAUACCCUGUCCUUGGUGAAACUGAUAGAGAGUACGGGUGUGGCAGCUGUAGCAGUCCAUGGCAGAUACAAAGAAGAGAGGCCGAGGCAUCCUGUCCAUCCUGAUGCCAUUAAAGCCAUUGCAGAAACUGUGUCUAUACCUGUCAUUGCAAAUGGUGGAUCAGGGGACCAGAUCAAGCGGUAUGAGGACCUUGAGAGGUUUCGUGAGGACACGGGCGCCUCGUCUGUCAUGGUGGCGCGGGCUGCCCAGUGGAACUUCUCCAUCUUCAGACCAGACGGCAUGCUUCCUGUGGACGAUGUUAUCAGGGACUAUCUCAGAUAUGCUGUAGACUACGACAACGUGGCCCUUAACUCCAAGUACGUCCUGCAGCAGAUCCUACAGGCUGAGCAGCAGUCACCACGGGGACAGAAACUACUGGCCACACAGUCACUCAGGGAGAUGUGUGCCUUGUGGGAUGUAGUAGACUACUAUGAUGAAGUUCAAGUGAGGAGACAGUCUAGGAGGGAAGAGUUGGAAAGGAAAAAGGGUCUGUCUCGACAUGAACCCAGACUGGUGGAUGGCAUCUACACCAUGCAUGUAGAGUACAUCAGGAAAGAGUACCCUUCUGCAGUCAGCCCCAAGACAAUUCUACUGGACUGGAGCAGGAGGGAAUAUCUGCCUCAGCCUACUUAUCUAACAGAAAAGCACCGAUCUGAUACAAAAUUCCACUCUGUUGUCACGGUGGGUGAUAAGAAAUAUGCAUCCAGUUUUUGGCACAAGGCCAAGAAGCUUGCUGAACAGGCUGCUGCCAGCGUCUGCUUGAAAACACUUGGUCUACAUGAUGGAAAGUUACAGGGCAAUACCAUGGAAGCAAAGGAUGAUGGGAAGAGACAUGCAGAGGCUCAUGGGAAGAGCCCAUCUGUAGAUAGUCCACAGAGAAAGAAGUGCAGGACAGAAGAGGCUGAGACAGGAGAAAAGGCGGAUGCUUGUAAUGACAAUGAACCUGAGGUAAAGACAAGAGGUGAAUCAGAAAUACAGACAGAUGCUGAGGCAAAGACAACUGAAGAUGUCCAACAUACUUUAAAGGCUGCUCACAAAGUCACACAAAAUGGAAAUGUUGAUGCAGAGAAAUGCAAUGAUUUCAAAAGCUGACACUGUUUUAGCACCACUUUUUUUUAUAUCUUGAAUUAUUGUGUUCAACUCUAUUUGAUAUUUAUCUAGCCAUUGUGCUAAUGUAACGUUACCUGUUGAAGAAUAAACAUUGUAGUUCUGUUUUUUUACCUGGCCUGUGCACGUAGGCAGGCAGGCAGGUUCUGUUUUGUCUGUAUUACAAGAAUACAUGUUGUUUACAACAUUAACAGGGUAUAGUUAGUUGUACACAAAAGUAUCCAGCAAACAUUUUCAAGGACCGUAGACUAAAAUCAAAAUGACAUUGGAAUUCAGUAAUGAUUUUAAGAUAUUAUUUCAAAUAAACCAGUAUAAAUGCUGCAUUAAAUACUGCUCAACUUGCUUCUAUAUGCCAGGAUCACUUU